UUUACACCCAAAUUUAAAAUUUCAUUUAAAAUGCAUAUAAGUAAAAGUUGGCAAUACGAUAUGUACAAUGGUCACUUAGGUCAAGAAGGUCCUGCGACCUGACCUUAAUUUAUACCUGACUGAUCUUUCGCAAAGUUAUUUAGUCGCCAUUAUCUCUCAAUAUACUUCUGCUUUAUUGUUAAGAAAACAUUGUGUGCAUUUAGUAACUAUUAUCUAUCAAAAUUUAUCAAAUUUUGUGUUAUCGAUGAUCAAAAAUUGUGUAUUUUUUAUCAAAAGUCCAAACUUUUUAUAUAUUAUAUGGUAAAAAUAUAUAAAGACAAUUGAAAGUUAGAAAAUGUUCUAGGAAAAGUAUAUGAAUAUUAAAUAAAAAUUAUUAAAGUGAAAUAAAAAAAAUUUGUGAUAAAUUUUUAAUUAAAACCAUCAUCCACAAUGAAUAAAGAGGAUUUCCAGAAUAAUGAAACGGGAAAGAAUUCUAUGUACGCUGCGAGUAGUACAGAGUGCAAUUCAUUGCUUUGGAAAGAUAAUAUCUCGACAUUAUCUGCGAAUAUGAUUCAAAUACAAGAUCAGCCUAAAGAUGAUAAAUUCAAUGUAAUUAAUGGGGAUAAGAAUAACUGUAGAAAUAAAAAAUGCAUCUCCGAAUACAAUAAAGAAGUGAGAUUUAUCGACGACAAGGAAUCAAUUGAUGUGAAAUAUGAUGGAGAUUUGUCGACUGAAAGUAGUGGUGAGAAAUUAGUGAAAAGUACAAACUCAAUCUACGUGAAACAUAAUGAAAAUUUGUCUAUAGAAAGUUGUAAAAACCGUCACAUACCUCAGAGCACCUCAAUUUCUAAUGCUAAUAAUAGUGAUAAUUGUGAUAAUGAAGCUAAUUUUACAAGCAAUAAUUCAAAUCAAAACAAAAGUUCAAGUUCAAAACGUAAUGAUAAAGAAUUCAUACCUAUUAGAAGUGAUGAAGACUAUGGUGCUAAUAAUUCAUGCUCCAAGUGCAGCCUUGAAGAAGGCUUACCUCAAAACAAUGUAAACAGCAAUGUAGAAACGUGUUGUGGUCAAAGCCAUGAACAAGUUAUUCCAAAAAACAAUUUAAACACAAAUCAAGAAUUAUGCUCUGAUGAUGAACUUGACUACACUGAUGAAGAUUUGGAGUACGAUACUGAGUCUUGUUUUGAAAGUGAUUAUGAAGAAUACAUGUCUGGAGUGGGCAUGGAUUCUGAAUUGUAUUUCGAAAGUGGUGGUGAUGAAUAUAUCUCAUAUUCCCACAAUGAAAACUUUCGGCCUGAAAAUCGUAGAUUUCGAAACUAUAAAGCUCCAUCAAGUGGAUAUCCAAGUCAUGAGUAUUUAGAUGGACAAAAUAGCACGAGGGAAAGCGAUACUAUUGUUGGACCCCUCAGAGUGACUGGCAUAUUUACGAUGAUUGACAUAGGUUUUAAUACGAGAUAGGAGAAGAUUAAAAAAAUAUGCAAGUGUACUAAUGAACAAUUGACUUCUCUGAAAGAACCUGUAACUGUAUCUUAUUAUUAUCUUAUCAUGCUCUGAAUACUGUGGUGUAAAGGAUCCAUCAAUUACUGGAUAAAUUAAUACCUGCUCCGGAAGAGCUAUUAAAAUAACAUACAUUUUAUUCGUAUAGAAAUAAUGAUGGAGCUGAUCAAUGAAAUUAGCUUUUAAUAGUUUUAAUUAAAAAAUAAUCAUGGUUCAUUGAAGAUACAGUUUGAUGGUCAUUAUAUAAAUAAUUAUAUUAUUUAAUAAAUAAAAUUGCCCGUUAUUUCCUGAACUAUUGGAGGGUACAAAUGUUCAUUUCUUCGAGUUGAAUGAGAAAUUGGUAAAUAGUUGAUGAAUUACUUAUAAUGGACUCGUUUGUACUUGAGAAAAAAAAACUUAAAAACUAUUACAGCUCCAUUGCUACUAAAUGAGAAAUUAAUAGAUUAUGGUAAUCUAUCAUCAUUGAAUGUCAAUCAUUCAGCUUAGGAUUUAUUGGUAAUUAAUGAAUUUUGUUGAA